AAAAAGAAAAAGAAAAAACGGCGGCGGCGUUGUCUGUUUAUGACUUUCACAUGUUGUAGUAUUUUGUUUGUGGUUUCUGUUGUGUCAUUAUGCCGUCUGAAAGUCUACGAUGGGAGACAUUAGAGGCCCUCAAAAACUCGCCGAAGGGACAAAUUAAAUUCGACCCACACUGGCUGGAAAGAGGCGAGGAUAUCUUUGUGGGGUACAAUGAGGUUCUCAGCUUGUCACCAUUUGCUGGUGCUGUUUUGGAUCGGCUUACCACCCAGUCUUUGCAGACAUCGUUUGUGAGCUCUGGACACUCCAGCCCUGGCUUGUCUGGGGAGAUUCCAGCCUCUCCUUCAGCUGGAUCUGUCCCUGAGGUCAAUGGUAAACCCACUGUGCUUUUGGUGGCUCUGCCUUCAAAGUUUGACACUGAGGAGGCUGCCAGCAGUGAGACAGUGAACCACCAUUCAGAACCAGAUGUUUGUAACGUUUCCAGCCCUACGUUGCCACCUGCCCUGUCUGUGCUCUCGCCCAGAGCCAUGGAGAUCGCGGGCCAGAUACGGCUUUGUGAGGAGGAAUACCGGGAAAGGGCCAAGAUGGCACUCCGGCUGCGGCAGGAGAGACAGGAGCAGGUUUUGGCUGCCAUAGUGAGCCGUGAAUCAGAGCAACUGAAACGCUUUGAGGAGUUGACGGAGUUGAAGCAGCGGCAGGAGCAUCAGAGCAUGAGAGACAUGAUCGACAGAGAGACUAAAGAGAGCAUGGGGCGCCAGGAGAAGCUGAAGGAAGAGCACAGACACCGAAUAAAGAUCCUGAACCUACGCCUGCGGGAGGCGGAGCUUGAGCGCCAGCGGGAGGCGGAGCUUGAGCGCCAGCGGCAGGUAGAGGGCAGGGAGAGACUACGGAACCUCAACACUAUCCAGGAGGAGAUCUUGCAGCUCAACCAGCUGCUGCAGCUGUCCACCCAGACUAUGACCUUCAUCCCGCCGACCUGUGUCAGUACUUACAGCACCCGUGGAAACCAGCUCUGCUCUCAGGUGUCAGAGGUUGUGAGAAAAACAUCAGAGGGAGAUUUUCCUAGCAUGGAGGACAUGAAUGUGGCAGGUCGAGCCCUUCAUGAAAUGAGGGAUCUCCUCCAGCUGUUGCACAAAGAGGCCUCUGAGGUGCAGGAAAAAAAGAAAAAGGAGCAGGAGGAGGAAGAGGAGCUAAAAAAGCAGGCACUGAUACAGGCCCAGCAGGAGGCUGAGAAGACGGCCGCACAGUUGGCCAGGCAGAAAGCUGAGAGAAAAGGGCUGAAGUCCAACACAGAUGAUGUUACACUGACAUGGUACAACCAGCUUCAGGAAUCGGCAAAUCAGUGCUCUCAGUCCUUCAGUCUGCUUUCAUCUUCUAAAGAUACCCAGAUCAAGAAGCUGAAGAUGGAGCUUCAGAAAGCAGCCACCAUCCCUGUUAGUCAGAUCUCCAGCAUCUCCGGGUCCCAGCUUCGAGAAAUCUUCGACAAGUUGAACAAGCUGCUCUCCAGACGACCAGUGGUGACUGGGGGGAGGUCUGUCUCCGCCUCUGAUCAUCCACAGGGCCUGGACUUUGUUUAUUAUAGAAUGGCGGAGAAGUUUGUGAAACAAGGAGAAGAGGAAGUGGCUUCCCAUCACGAAGCAGCCUUCCCCAUCGCUGUGGUGGCCUCAGGCAUAUGGGAGCGCCACCCUCGACUGGGAGACCUCAUCCUCGCUCACUUGCACAAGAAGUGUCCGUACGCAGUCCCAUAUUACCCCCCAAAGAAGGCAGGCACAUCUGUGGAAGAAUACCAGAGGGUUCUCGGUUAUCGUGUUGAUGACUCUGGAGUUGAAGCCCAUGGGAUUUUCCUGAAGCGGAUGACUGGCAUGAUUCGUCUCUAUGCUGGCAUCAUCCAGCUGAAGUGGCCCGACAGCUCCACGCAGGGGUUGGGCCCUCACGGUUUGAACCACGGCUGGCGCUGGGUCGCCCAGAUGCUGAACAUGGAGCCACGAACUGAUGUCACAGCGACGCUGCUGUUUGAUUUCCUGGAAGUUUGUGGUCACGCGUUGAUGAAAGCCUAUCAGGACCAGUUCUGGAAACUCAUCCUGCUGCUGAAAGAGGAAUACUUCCCGAGGAUUGAGUCUGUGACGACCAGCGGGGAGAUGGCCUCCUUUGUCCGACUCAAGCAGUUUGUCGAGACGUCGCUGCGGAGUCGUUACAUCAGCCCGCCUAAAGGUCAGCUGACCGCAUCCUUCUGGAGAUCAUGAUGUUGGAGGGAAGUCAACAACAGUUGCACAACGACAACAACAAAAUUAUUAUGAUUGCAG